CCUUUCCCUUCUGGAUUCACGCUCCCCUCGAGCCAAAAGAGGACAGAGAAAAACAACGUUCACCGGAGAAAAGGCAGAACGCCAGAGUCCGCCAUGAAUACCCUGCUCCUGCUCCCUGCUUAACUCCGUUCCAUUUCAGGAAUAAGAAGAAAAACAGGUCAUUGGAGUCUCUGUCUAAAACGAUUUGUACAGAGACGGCCAUGAAAUAUAGCAAGACACAGUGCCCCAUUAAUGACCCUUUACUUGCGCAGCACUCAUCUCCAGCCCAGUGAAAGAAAAAGAAAGUGGCACAUUGUAGAGUGAAGCAAACCAAUCUGGUUUUUUCACAUGAAAGAAGUUCAGAAAGGACUUGCAGAAGUAAUGGAGUUUUUUAGGGGAUUUCGUCGAGUUCUGAAGCCGGACUGGCCGGUUUUUGGCCUUGGGAUUCUAGGGUUUAUGUGCUUCAUGGUGCCGUGUUUCUUGGGAUUUCUUUAUCUUGAUAUCAGAGUCUUGAAUGGGGGUUUCUUUUUGGGAAGGCAGCAAAGGUCUCUGAGACACAAUGCUCAAACAUAUUUGCCUGAGAAAGAGAGGGUUGAUUUCAUGGAGGUGGGGAAGAGUGGGUGUGAUUUGUAUGAUGGGUCCUGGGUUUGGGAUGAGUCUUUGCCUCUGUAUCAGUCGAGGGAUUGCCCUUUCAUCGAUGAUGGGUUUCGCUGCUCUGAGAAUGGGAGGCCUGAUAACCUCUACACCAAGUGGAGAUGGCAACCUCAUGCCUGUAACAUACCCAGAUUUGACCCCAAGUUGAUGCUGGAGAAGCUAAGAGGCAAGCGGCUAGUUUUCAUUGGGGAUUCGAUUGGGAGAAACCAAUGGGAAUCCCUUCUGUGUAUGCUUGCCCAGGCAGUUCCCGACAAGGACUCCAUAUAUGAGGUUAAUGGGAGCCCGAUCACAAAGCACACAGGUUUCUUGAUCUUCAAGUUUAAGGAAUACAACUGCACGGUUGAGUAUUAUAGAGCUCCCUUCUUGGUGUUGCAAAGCAGACCACCUAAGGAAUCCCCACCCCACAUAAAGACUACCUUGAAGCUGGACCAGAUGGAUUGGAACAGUGUUAGGUGGAAGGAUGCAGAUGUGCUUGUCUUCAACACUGGCCACUGGUGGAACUACGAGAAGACAGUUCGCCAGGGGUGCUAUUUUCAAGUGGGAGAAGAGGUAAAACAGAAGAUGAAUGUGUUGAGAGCAUAUAGGAAGUCAAUAAGGACAGUGAUGGACUGGGUUAAGAAUGAGGUUAACAUUACCAAGACCCAAGUCUAUUUCCGGUCCUAUGCUCCCGUUCAUUUCAGGGGUGGGGACUGGAGAUCAGGUGGGAAUUGUCACUUGGAGACAUUACCGGAACUUGGGCUUAUAUCCUCAGUUUCACGAGAACCAUGGGGUGAGUUUGUGAGCAUGGUUGCAGAUGCAGCAGCACGUCGGCAAGGAGUCGUUGAGGUAAUGAAUGUGAGCCACCUGACUAAUAUUCGCAAGGAUGGCCACUCCUCCAUCUACUACUUGGGUGGUGGAGCAGGACCUGCUCCCCUCCAUCGCCAAGACUGCAGUCAUUGGUGCCUUCCUGGUGUCCCUGACUCUUGGAACCACCUCCUCUAUGCAUUUAUCCUCCACCAUGACAUGCAUCAUCGUACAUCAUCAUGACCAUCAUCAUCAGCAUCAUCAUAUCAUCGUGAUUACAUGAUGGUCGUCUAGCUAUACAGCUAUAAUCUAUACAUACAUCAUUUUUUUGCUACAAUGAGAAGGAAUGAAUUCCUAAUCUCCAGUGACCUAUCCGCUCAUGUUUUGAUAUUUUCUGAAAGGGUUAGGGUUCGGGUUCAGGUUCUUCAUGGCUAUCUCAUAUCCUCUCGUCCAUUUCAAUAUCAUUGAAUGCAAGGGACAUAUUCCAUCCAUCCAUCUGAUUGUACAGAGAUGCAAAGAUAUUCCAGAUGUCUCAAUCAACAUAUUGCAAGGUUAGACUCAGCCAUCCAUUUGGAAGGGGAUGAAGAAGAUGCACAUAGUAUUCAUUGUAUAGUGAAGAAGGGAAUUUUGUAAUCAUUUUUCCAUUUAUAAGUGCAAUUUUUUGGUAUUGAGUUUUGUUCUGCAU